AUGAAGCAAUUCAUUUGGUUAUUUUUUAUUUGCAUUUGUACAUUACCAAAUGUUCUUAGCAAAGAAGAUGUUCUUUCGGAAAAAAUUCAACAAUUAACAGACUGGUCACUUAAAAAACCGAUUAUCCGUUUAAAUAGUGAACGUUUUAAACAUUAUGUUAAAACAGCACCACGAAAUUAUUCCAUGAUUAUCAUGCUUACUGCACUUUCGCCAUCAAGAUCAUGUGGUAUCUGCAAACAAGCUCAGGAUGAAUUUCAAAUCGUUGCCCAAAGUUAUCGUUAUUCAAGUGCAUUUACAAAUAAACUCUUUUUCGCUAUGGUAGAUUUUGAUGAUGGACAAGAUGUAUUUCAAUAUUUAAAAUUAAAUUCAGCACCAGUAUUUAUUCAUUUUCCACCUAAAAUGAAACCAAAAAAGAACGAUUUUAUGGAUAUUAGUCGUUCAGGAUUUUCUGCUGAAGCACAAGCUAAAUGGAUUCAUGAUCGUGCUGAUGUUCAUAUUCAUGUAUUUCGUCCACCAAAUUAUUCCGGAUUUUUAUUAGUCGUAUUACUUGUAACAAUGAUCGGUGGUCUUCUUUAUAUUAAACGAAAUAGUCUUGAAUUUCUUUAUAAUCCAGUUGUUUGGGGAAUGUUUAUAAUUCUCGCUAUUUUAAUUUGUAUUUCUGGACAAAUUUGGAAUAGUAUACGAGGUUCACCUUUUCUUCAUCGUAAUCCUCAAACAGGUCAAAUUGGUUUAUUCAGUGGAAGUUCCGGUUAUCAAUUUAUUGCUGAAACAUACGUCGUAAGGAAUUUUGAAAGAUAG